AUGCACCACUAUGCUAUAUUAUUCAGCAUAUUUCUUCUAAUAGUGUCUUCUGGUACUGAGGGAAGUUUACCACAAACAUCCUCUCCAUCUGUAUUGUAUGUUUGGUCCGGACAAGACAGUUCUGUAUCUAAUGCCUCUGAUUUCGUUGCUAUAAUUGAUUUUGAUGAGACGUCUUCUACCUAUGGGAACAUUUUGAAAACAGUUUCACUUGUUUCGGAUGCUGCCAACCGUAUUGGACAAUUAGGAAAUGAACCACAUCAUUCAGCUGUUUCUGCAGAUGGUCGUUAUUUUAUUGCCGGUGGUCUUCUUAGUUUCAUGUCUGGCAAUAAAGAAGUGUUUGUCUAUGAUAUUCCCAAUAAUCGCAAGCAAGGUCCAAGAUUUCUAUAUGCACUUGAUGUACCAGGUGCGUGUCCAGACGAGUUUUUACCACUCGGUGGUCCUACAUUUCUUGUAAGCAUGAUGUCUAAUGAACAGGGUGACAGUCCAGGUGAUAUGGUGUAUAUCAAUGCUGAAACUGGUAUGGCAAAAUCAAUCCUCAAAAAUAGUUCAGCACUCAUCGAUUUUAAUCCACAUGGGUAUGGUCUACUUCCCAAUGGGUCAUUAUUCGUAGCAGACUAUAUUAAAGCAAAUACAUUAUUCAGCACUGAUCCAUCACAGAUUGUCUUUCGAAAUACGGCUCGACAUUUUCUUCCUGAUGGAACAUUAGAACGUACUUUUGAAUUCAAAUUCCCUACGACACCGGGAACAUCAGCUGGAGUUGGACAGGGAAUUGGAUUUAUGGAACUUAAAACUAUUCCUGGUGAUCCAUUGGGACGUUCUUAUGUCAGUGGUAGUACUGUGAAUAAUAUGUAUUUAAUCGGUCCAGGUAUGAAAAAACCAAUUCUAGCUAUUGAUUUCUCUCAAGUCAGUGGGUAUCAACAGCGACUGAGUGCUGGUCUUUUGUCCAUGUUUUCUAAUGGUCAACGUUUAUUGAUGACAUUUCAAAUGCGAUAUAUUCUUUUAGUUGAUAUUACAAGACCAGAACAACCAAAUAUUCUUCGUACAUUCGAUUUUUGCUCUGAUCCAUCACUUGCAAAUGUGAUUAUUGGUGUUCCUGGUUCAUUCGAAAAUACCACUUUUGCCAAAUUCUGUACUCAAAACAAUAAUAUCGUUGGUUCACAUAGUGUUCUACAUCCAGACAAUGAGAAUCGAUUCAUAGUACUGAACUAUUUUCUCAAAUUUGGCUUAGCUCAAUUUCCUGGAACACGAACAGCACAUGCCUUUAAACUUAACAAUGAUUCAACUGAUUUCGAAUAUGAUCACAGGUUUAAUCCUAAUUUUCAAUUAAAUAAUCUACCCGGAAAACAACGUCUAACAUUCCAUUCACUACAAGCAUAUCCACAUCAUCUUCAAUAUUUAAAAUUAUAG